UGACGUCAGUGCAGCAGCAACUCUGAUCUUUUAUUUUGAAGUUUGUUCCGGAAGUCUUUUCUCCCUUUUCCGGUUAGCGUGACACUGAAGGAUCCAAACAGAAGGUUAGCAGCCUGACAGCUAGUCACCUCUCAGAGAAAGGAAAGGGAUUCCUCUGCUACUGUCGACGCGGAGCAAUACUGUGUGUUAUGAGAAGAGUCUACUGGCUGUGUUAGGACUGUGAUUGAACACCAUGGCUGCGGCUCCUCCUCUCAGACGGUCAGAUUCAGCUAUGGGGGAGUUCUCCCCUCUGAAGCGCUUUGUUGUAGCCAAGAAGAAGAUCAGCGAUGUGUUUGAACAACUACUCAACUAUGUGAAAGAGACCUCAGAGUUUGUAGAAGAAACCUGUGGGAAUAAAGCUUUGCAGAACAUUGCGAGUCAGGAUCAGAAGUUGGAGAUUCAGGCGUAUGCUGACAAACUUGCUAUCAUUAAGGAGGUGCUGGCACGCAGACACAUGAAAGUGGCCUUUUUUGGCAGGACCAGUAAUGGUAAAAGCACAGUGGUCAACGCCAUGCUGAGGGACCGCGUGCUGCCCAGCGGUAUUGGCCACACCACUAACUGCUUCCUCAGCGUAGAGGGCACAGAUGAGGACAAGGCCUACCUCAAGACGGAGGGCUCUGAUGAGGAGAAGAGCAUUAAGACUGUAAACCAGCUGGCUCACGCACUCCACAUGGAUGAGAGUCUGGACGCCGGCUGUCUCGUCCGUGUGUUUUGGCCGAAGACAAAGUGUGCUCUGCUUCGAGACGACCUGGUUCUUGUAGACAGCCCAGGGACAGAUGUCACAUCACAACUGGACAGCUGGAUUGACAAGUUUUGCCUGGAUGCUGAUGUCUUUGUGCUGGUGGCCAACUCUGAAUCCACACUUAUGAACACGGAAAAGCAUUUUUUCCACAAAGUGAACGAACGUCUGUCAAAGCCCAACAUCUUCAUCCUCAACAACCGCUGGGACGCCUCAGCAAACGAACCAGAGUACAUGGAGGAUGUGAGGAAGCAGCACACAGACCGUUGUGUGAACUUCCUGGUGGAGGAGCUGAAGGUCGUGGACCGCGAUCAGGCACCCAACCGCAUUUUCUUCGUCUCCGCCAAAGAGGUGCUGAACUCCCGCAUGCAGCGUGCUCAGGGCAUGCCUGAAACAGGUGGAGCCCUGGCUGAGGGUUUUCAUGAGAGACUGAAGGAGUUCCAGUGCUUUGAGAGGAGGUUUGAGGAGUGUAUCUCGCAGUCAGCAGUGAAAACAAAGUUUGAGCAGCACACUAUCAGGGCCAAGCUGAUCACAGAAAAAGUCAAGGGCAUCAUGGACGCCAUCAACAUCGAGGCGGCGGAGAAGAGAGUGGCGGCACUGGAGGACAGAGAAUAUCAGAUGGACCGACUGGACUUUGUCAAAAAUCAGCUCAACCUGCUGAUUGAUGAUAUCAAGAAGAAGAUCAAGGCCAUCAGUGAGGAUGUGGAGUCGAAGGUAUCCAACGCCAUGGGAGAGGAGAUCUGCCGUCUCCAUGUAAUCGUUGAUGAGUUCCACUGUGAUUUCCACCCAUCACCGCAAGUCCUCAAGAUUUACAAGUCUGAGCUGCUCUCUCACGUGGAGGAGGGGAUGGGCAAGAACCUGGCCUUCCGCUGCUCCAACGCCGUCAACGCUUCUGUCCAGUCCUCUCAGAAAUACAUGAUGGAGAGCAUGCUCCCUCUGCUUCCCUCUACGGCUAAGAGCCAAGUCCACAUGCUGGUGCCCAGCAGGAAGUUUGACCUGAGUUACGACCUGAACUGCGCCAUACUUUGCAACGACUUCCAGGAGAACAUUGAGUUCCGGUUUUCGUUGGGCUGGUCAUCGUUAGUCCACCGCUACCUGGGAUCCGUCAACGCACAGAGAGCGCUCAAGCUGGUGGACAGCAACUUCCAGGCCUCUCGACCAGCGCUGGCCCUGACGCCCUCCUCAGGACCCCCCUCCACGAUAGCCCCGCCCAACAAUGAGACAGCCCUCAUGACCCAAGAGGACUUGAUGGUAGCCGUGGCAACCAACGUGGCAUCGCUCACCUCCCGCACUUCAAUGAGUGUGAUCAUCGUUGGAGGAGUGGUGUGGAGAACAGUUGGCUGGAGGCUGAUCGCCCUGUCCACCUCAAUGUACGGCUUGCUGUACCUGUACGAGAGACUCACCUGGACCACGAGGGCGAAGGAGCGCACUCUGAAGCGCCAGUUUGUGGACUACGCGACCGAAAAGCUGCAACUCAUCGUCAGCUUUACUAGUGCAAACUGUAGCCACCAGGUCCAACAGGAGAUGGCGGCGACCUUUGCUCGGCUCUGUCAGCAGGUGGACCAGACGCAGAAAGAGCUCGAGGCUGAAAUCCGCCAACUGACAGCCAAGAUAGAUCAGCUGGAGACCGUCCAGCGCCACUCCAAGAGCCUGAGACAUAAAGCGACAGACCUGGAGAAACAGUUGGAGACGUUCACAAGCCAGUACCUGCAGCCUCAGCAGUGAGCUGCUCAUCUUCUUCUUCUUCAUCAUCGCACCACAGUUUGGUUCUUGUUGAGCCAAUCAUUCCUCAGCCAGGCGCCGCCUCACGGUGCGCCGGUCCUCAUCCCCUAAACUACACCACAGUUUCUGUGUGGGCAGUAGUGCUGGAAAGAUGAAUCAAUUCAUCAAUUGGUCUAUCCUCCGAAAAGAAAUCUAUAGAUAUUUUGAUAAUCAAUGAAAGGUUAGUCAUUCAUCAGACAAGAAUACCAAACUUCUGCAUCGUUUCAAGUGUGAAGACUCUGCCCUUUUUGAGUCAUUUGUAAAAUCUAAUGUUUUUUUUGUUGUUGUUUUGUUGUCACACCCUGUAGUCUUUUUGUAGUCUUUUUUAGAUUUUGUAGACUAAUCGAUUAAUUAAAAAAAAAAGAAGAAGAUUAAUUGAUAAUGAAAAUGAUCUGUAGUUCCACUCUUAGUGGACAGAGGAAGUGAAGGCCCGGAUAUGACAGUAUUUUCCCUCCUCUUCCUCUCUUCCUUUCCUCCUCAGCCAGUCAGGUGUUUCAGGUGCUUGAUAGACUAUAGUGAACAAAACUGCCUGUAAAACAGAGAAACUUGGACUCAUUAUGCUCAAAGACGCCCCACAAAGUGGAAAUAGGAUCUCGGUCGGCGGGAAAGCUACCGGUCGGGUGCUACAUUUUGACACUAGCGUGCUUCUAACUGUGAAUAUGCCUUUUUUGACUCACUUUUGUUGAACAAACAAAGUGUCUGUAAGAUACAUGUACAUGCAUCUGUUCGGGCACAUGAUCUGUUGCAUGUUGGCAACAAAAAAUGAAUAUAUUUAAUAAUAAAAGAACAUUUGUUUUCUUAAUUAUAAGGACCUAGUUAAAGUAAAUUCACUGAGAGAUAUCAUUUGAGUAGAAAGGGAAAGCAUGUCUUUAGCAUACUGUUCAUGCUCUAUUUUCUACCUGUCCAAACUGUAUAGAUAAAAAGGUUUUGGAAAUCAUAUAUUUUAUAAUAUUCUACUUUAUUUAUACCCAUUAGACCUAAAGAUACACCAGUCUGCACUUUGCAAAACUGUCUUCUUUUUUCUUGAAUGCGUGUUGAAAUACCUCAAGAUUUGACGAAUUGUAUUAAAUCUGCCACAAUCUAAAA